AUGCUUCAGUGUUGCCAACACACACGACUGUGCAUAGUCAUCAUCGUCAUCAUCAUCAGCAGCAGCAUCGCGAAUUCACCAGAAUGCACCAGUGACGACAUCAGUGGCUGCGAAACCAAGAGUGAGGAGCAAGUAAACCGUCGUGAGCCCGAAGGCUCCAAGAAGACUUCGCAAGAGGACGCGGGAUUCUCCAUCAAUGACCUCUACGAUCUGAUGAUGGAUUUCAGCGACUACAGCUACGACCCGUCAGAAGACAUUGACAUUCAACGCCAACAGGAUCUGUAG